AUGGCUGGGCCUCCGCCAAAUCCAACCACGACCUCAAACUUUCUCUCCACACGCUGUGCACUUCUCGACGCUCUCACUUCUUUCCUGACGGUUGCAACCCACCACAUCCUCUAUCUACGCCGCCUUUACCCUCCAAUUUCCUUUCUCUCCGCCAGGGCAUACAACUAUCCCGUUCGUCAAAAUCGUCAUCCGGCAGUCUGCGUGUGGGUCAACGAUGCCGUCUCCGCAAUCCGUGACCAACUCGCCAAGAACACUGUCGAGAAGGUUUUGCUAUGCAUCUAUGAAUGUGAUGGCAACCGUGUGCUCGAACGGUGGACAUUUGAUCUGCGAUCCUUUCCUUCCGUUGUCGGUGGUGAUGUCGAAAUCCCGUUCGAGUCCACUCCGUCAGACGAUGGCGACCUGCUGAAUAACCAAGUCAACCUGGCAGAUCUGGAGGCUAACUUCCGUGCCACCUUGUCCCGGAUUAGCACAUCGGCAGCCCGGCUCAGGCCGCUCCCAGAGGGACCUGGCGCCCCGGAAUGCAGUUUCACGUUGGCUAUCGAGGUCAAGGAGAGGGCUGAUCGACCAGUGGGCCGAAUUGAAAAGGAAGAGCGGAAGUGGAUUGCCGCGGAACCACAGCCCAAUCCAUCAUCAUCGACCCCAGUACCGCAAGGAGAUGAUAAAGCAUCAACAUCUAUUUCUGCACGAACACAUCCAGUCCGUCGUGUCGAGGCAGGAGAGCUGCAAAUGGAAGUCUGGGUUGAAGAAGCCGCAGCUAAAUUUGAGUUCACCCUUCCAUUAGCCACGUCUGGGUCGUCUUUACCUCCCGAACAAAGAGCAGCAAACAUGUCCUACGGUGCUGGAAAAGAGAAGUUCGAUCCGGAAAACAUGUAUACAUAUGAUCUCGAGCCGCCGGACGUAAAUCGCAAGCCACAAGGUGGAGCCAUGACAGACUAUCAGCGAGGAUGA